AUGAUGGACCCUCCUCACCCGUCCCGCACCCACGGGCCUCGAGGCCGACCCGCUAACGUCAGCCACAAGCGGGCGCUUGCCGCUCGCCGGAGCGGCGUGGCCGGUCUCAUUCAGACGGCGUCUUUCCCGCGCUCCGCACAUGACCGCCGCCGUGCGUCGCUCGGCGCCUCUCACGCCGUGCACCACCCGCGUCCCCCCCGACCCGUCCACCGCGCGCCUCGCUCGACGUAA